GUGGGGACAUUAUUGAAGUAAAGAGCGCGUGUAGGGCUAAGCGAAAACAAGCAUGGGAAACGUUCAUCCAUUUUAAAAUUCCCAGCAUGCCCUCAUCUCUCAUCAGUACAUUCUCCUCCCAUGUGUCUUUUCAACAUUUUCGGUUUCAUAAAUGAAGAAUUUAUGUGUAUUUACACUUUGGAUUUGGAAUUUUCAUUUUAUUGUAUUUCCGGUGGGGUCCUCUCUGCACAAAGCAAUCAGUGCCAUUGCUGAAAACGGAACAGAAACAUGCUACGUUCUGUUUCUCUCUCUCUAUAACCUUUCUAGUUCUAGUUUCUACUCGCCUCAUUCCUCUGUGUCUUCCAUGUGUUAGGGUUUUUCUUCUUUUCACUUGAGGCUGCACCGUCAAUGCACCAUUCUCUCUUCUCCGUUGCUUCUGCUAGCUGCUACUGCUUCCGCUUUCCGAUCGCACCGUCUUUCUUUCUAUUUUGCUGCUAACUCGUCGACCCUAUACGUAUGCAUAUGCGCAACACGCACUGUUUGUUUAUACUCAGGGUUUCAAAUAUCAUAUAGCCGGGAAAAAAGAGUGGAUGUACCAUUCAAACUUCGAUUUUGAUUUGACCAAGGAAUGGUUUGGAUGCUGGGUUCUCUUUCCUUCAAUUGUGAUCUUAUGAUGUAUGAUAUACACUACACCUGAAAUGAAUCAAUGAGUAGUGACUUGAGCAUUGAGAAUCAGCCUUUAUGUGUUACCGUUAUAUGAGAAAGUAUUAGCUGAGCAGUUUGUCUUGUGAUGGGUUCAUUCUCUGGCACUUGUGAAAUAGUUGAAGCAAGGGAGGAGCGAAAUACAAGGAAAGCUCCUGGGAUUUUUCAGUCCAAUUCUGAGUGUAGCACGUCCGCAAAAACUCAGAAACUUUCGCUGUUGAAACUGGGAUACAAGGACGAUCUAGAUGAUGAUAUUAAUAAGCUGUUUGAGUCGAUUGCUCUUAAAUCUUCAUCAAGGGAUUUGGGCCUUUUACAAGAUGGUGCAAGUUCUAAGCUGAAAAGUGCAUUAAAAAAGCCAAUUACAAUGGGUGUUCCUCGGUCCCCAAGAGUUGGGACUUCUGAGCCUGUUAAUUUGAAGCAAGCAUUAAGAGACCAUUGUAUAUCUAAGGCAUCAGAAAUGGCCGCUCUGAAACGAUUAUCAAAGUCAACAGCUUCUCCAAGAAUAUCUGAAGUUGGGAAGAUACAGACAUUGUACAAUUCAGUUGUAGCUGAAACCAGUCGUUCUGGGCCUUCCUAUGUUGAGACCAAGGAGCGUCAAAUCGAAAUAUCUGUAGUGCCCGAAAAAAGUAAGUCUCUUUCCUUGGAGAAAACCUCUCAAUCCUAUCAAACUGCUGAAAUCACAUCAUCGACCCGGAACAUUCAUUCGUCUCGGGGAAUUGCUGUUGCAAUGGCUCAGUAUGAUUCUGGCACUUCAUCAAUUCAAAGUGAUUUGGCAUGCUCAUCAAGUAAAGUUGGGAUUCAAUCGCAGCGAGUGGUACCUGUUGAAACAGAAGAAAAAGCAUCUGCCUCUUCUCCCUCCCUUUGUAAUACAUUUGGAAGCAAAUCAGAGGUGCCCAAAAAUGAUUCUUCCUCUAAAAAGUUGGGAAAUAAAUCAUUGGCGUCAAAUACCGGGAGGAAAGGUAGGUUGCAAAUAGUAUCUUCUUCAUCUACUUCUGCAAAUGGCAACAGAGUUAGCAAACUGCCACGCCAUGCCUCCCGCACAGUUAAAUCGGUUAUCAGGAACAAGAAUCUGAGUAAGAAGAAACUAAAGGAGGAUUCGGAUUCGGCUUUAUGUGGUCCUACACCCAAUGAAGUUAAUAAGCCAGCUCCUGGUACACCUCGAUUGGUUUGUGAGAGAUGUAGGUGUGCUUUAGAAAAUACACGUGCAGAAAAAACCCAAGGUGUUGUGGCCUCGGACUCUACCGGUCCUGGAAAUGGAGUAAACUUAAGUAAUGUGAAAUCUGGUUCAAAUAAACCUGGUUUGGUGUCAAAUGGCGAUAAUAAAAGCAAAACAGUUGCAAAAGUGAAGAACCCCAAGUUGAAGGAGCAACUUGAAUUUUCACAAAGUUCAAAGAGUAGUCAAGGUGAGUACAGUAGUAGUACAAGUACCAGUGAUGAGAGCAAUGUUAGUGGCUCAAGUCGUAGCACUAGGCCCCACAUGUCAAAGGAUGUCAGGUGGGCAGCCAUACGACAUGCUCAAAUGCAGCAUGGAAUCUUGGGCUUGAGAAACUUCAAUCUUUUAAAGAAACUUGGUUGUGGAGACAUUGGGACUGUGUAUCUUGCGGAACUGAUUGGCACAAGUUGCUUGUUUGCUAUUAAGGUCAUGGACAAUGAAUUUUUGGAAAGAAGAAAGAAGAUGCCUAGGGCUCAAACUGAAAGAGAAAUAUUAAGGAUGCUGGAUCAUCCAUUUCUUCCCACGUUGUAUGUGCAAUUUACGUCAGAUAAUCUAUCAUGUCUGGUCAUGGAGUAUUGUCCAGGUGGAGAUCUUCAUGUUCUACGGCAGAAGCAGCUUGGUAGAUGUUUCUCGGAGCCAGCAGCAAGAUUUUAUGUUGCUGAAGUCCUUCUAGCUUUGGAGUACUUGCACAUGCUUGGAGUUGUUUACCGUGAUUUGAAACCCGAAAACAUUCUUGUUCGGGAAGAUGGCCACAUUAUGCUCACAGAUUUUGAUCUCUCCCUAAGGUGUGCUGUUAACCCAACACUUCUGAAAUCAUCUUCUGAUAUUGACCCUGCAAAAAUUUCUGGUCUAAGUGCACAAUCAAGUUGCAUUGAGCCAUUCUGCAUUGAACCAUCUUGUCAAGUUCCAUGCUUCAGCCCAAGAUUCCUACCCACCACUGCAAAAGCAAGGAAAUUAAAAGUUGAUCUUGCUACCCAGGUCAGAUCAUUGCCACAGCUUGUGGCCGAACCCACUGAUGCGAGAUCUAACUCAUUUGUUGGCACACAUGAAUACCUGGCUCCGGAGAUCAUCAAAGAAGAGGGACAUGGAGCUGCUGUUGACUGGUGGACAUUUGGUGUUUUUCUCUAUGAACUUUUAUAUGGUAGAACACCCUUUAAAGGUUCAAACAAUGAAGAAACAUUGGCGAAUGUAGUGUUGCAGAGUCUUAGAUUCCCUGACAGCCCAUUGGUUAGUUUCCAAGCCAAGGAUUUGAUUAGAGGGUUGUUGGUUAAAGACCCUGAAAACCGUUUGGGUUCAGAGAAAGGGGCCGCCGAGAUUAAACAGCAUCCCUUCUUCGAUGGGCUUAACUGGGCCUUAAUUCGUUGCGCUGUCCCUCCAGAACUUCCAGACUUGUAUGAUUUUGGAGUUUCAGACAUGAUGAACUUACAGGGCAAUGGUGCUAAGUACUUAGAGUAUAAAGCAGGAGAGCAUGUAGAAUUCGAGUUGUUUUAGAAUGACAUUCAUGUUAUGGAUUCCCUUAUUUGUAGCUCCAUGUCGGUGUCGAGAUGUAAUUUAUAUGUAAGCCUAUGUUGCAAAUUAGUUUUAUAUGACGGUAUUUUGCCUUAAGAAGUUAGGAAGUAGGGGGUUAGUGUCAUAUGGUAAACCGAAUAAGAAAAUCCAAUAUUAGCAUCUGACUCGAAUGGAUUGAGAUAGAAUUAGAUACUCUCGCAAGGCCCUGAGAUGCAAAUUCUUACCAAAUUAAAAUUGUAAGUUCAUUGAAAAGAGCAAUUACAAUGAUAUGUGAUGACUGUGAUUAGAUUUUUAGCCGAAUAAGUAGAAGGCGUAACUUUGGUGAUCUAUAUUGGUCACGACUCACAUCCAAAAAGAAUAAUAUUAACUACUUUUAUUUUU